AUAAGUUUAAAGUAAAAACGGUAACUUUACCCCGGGCACCCUUCACCCUUAGCCUUUUUUUCCCUCUCCGUUUGAUGUGCACUUCCGCGUCCUAGCUUGUGUUCUCUCCCGCUGACACACGGCAACUUUCGAACAGGAAGCCCAUUAGACGCUUCGCUCUCCGUUGUCUCGCGUUUUUGCGGCUGGGUAUGUUUGGAGCUCAGGGCCUUAACUCAGCCAUGGACAUCAUCGGGGUUGAAGAUGAAGACUUUGAGAAUGACAUGACAGACCUGCUAGAUGACAAUUGCACGUACUUCAACGACAUGAAGGAGCUGAAAAAACAUCCGACUCACUUGCUGGUCUUUUUGCAUCACGUCAUUCUUCAGUUUGACCCCGCUCCACUGCUGUGUUAUCUUCAUGCUGACCUUCUCAGCAACCUCAGUGCUAAAGAGACCAAGAAACAGUUCGCAGAAUUCUACAACUACUUCUUGGACAAGAGUGCGUGUCUCAGAGUGAGCGUACCACAGAGUAUAUCCUACGAACUGGAUCGGACCCGCUACGAUUUGUUCUCUGAUGAAACCCAAAAAAGUUAUGCCAAGGACAUUCAGAGUCAUCAGCUUUGUGAAAUCUGCAAACAGCUUCAAGAUUUCAGGCAAAAGAGGAUGAUGGGUAUGACCCCCAACGAGAGCGAGCUCAAAGACGUAGAGAACCACCGUGACACUUUACGGAUCCCGAGGGAGAUGAAGGAGAGAUCUGUGGCUGAGAAGCUGCUGGACAAGCUCUUCGAACAACAACCUCAGAUCGUCCCGGACGAGGAGAAAUGUCACUCCAUCUUUUCUGCUGUUGCCGUCUACAUGAAGCAAUUUGGGCUCAAAAUUAAGCCCGUGGACAGCAAGAAGUCCAAACGAAGUAUCUUUGGGAUCAAGAAUAUUCCAAGCAUCCCAAACAGAUGGAAACCAACUCCAGUCGACAACAGAAGACCAGACCCUGAAGUGGGAAAAGAUCGGAAAAUUUCUACACCCAGAGCGUCUGUCUCUGAAAAAACGGUGCCAGCCAGCCCUCUGGUCCCGGUGGUGGGCGUAGAGAUCGCUGAUGGGCCAGACAUCAACAUCACCCCCAGCGUCCCAGAACCGCCAAAGCCUGAUGUGUCUCCCAGCACUUCCUCCGAGCACCAGAAACCUUCGGAUGGCGCGACUCCCGUGUUGGGAGGUGAUACAAUAAGCAAGCCUACCCCUCCGGUCGACACGACUGCAGAAAAGCCUGCAGAAGAAAGUAGGAAAGUGACGCGCAGUGAGAGCGCCCGCGUGGACCGCCAUCCGUCUCGCCGCCGUGGCUCUUCUCGGUCCAAAAAGUCCCGCUCCCGUAGCGACGUGGACCUCCAGGCUCCUUUCUCUGCAACAGCGCCUGCCCCACUCUCACCCCAGCACCUCCACCCUACUGAGGGACCACCUUUCACCCCCGAAAGGCUGAGCCCGUCGCCCACAAGCCCCUCCCCUCAGCUGGAGGAGAUGGAGCCCCGCCUCCUGGAGUUUGAGCAGGACCCACCAAACUGGAGGGAGCUGGCAACUCCGGACGCUUUAAAGCACCUCAGCAAAAGCGAGAUCAAGAGGCAGGAGGUGAUAAAUGAGCUGUUUGCAACGGAGCACGCUCACGUCCGGAUGCUGAGUGUCCUUCAGACGGUGUUCUCCAAACCGCUGGAGAGGGAGGAGCUCCUGAGCCCCAUUGAGCUUGAUGCCAUCUUUCCCAGUCUUGAUGACAUCAUCGAUAUUCACUAUAACUUCUAUGAAUGCCUGAAAAAGCUGCGUAUGGAUGACAACUACAUUGUGAAAUCCAUCAGCACCACAUUGCUCAGCAGAUUCGAUGGUCCAGAAGGAGAAUGGUUUCAGAAACUGACAGCCCGGUUCUGCAGUCGCCAGACGUGGGCCCUGGACCAGCUCAAAAGCAAGCAGAAGAAGGAUCAAAGUUUCAAUGCUUUCAUACAGGAUGCAGAGAGUAAACCCCAGUGCCGCAGGCUGCAGCUCAAGGACAUCAUUCCAACAGAGAUGCAAAGGCUCACUAAGUACCCGCUGCUGCUGGAGAACAUCGCAAAGCACACAGACAACAAACCAGAGAAGGAGAGAAUCCUGAAGAGUGCAGAGUGCUGCAGAAAGAUCCUCAACCAUGUCAAUGAAGAGGUCAAGGACAUGGGGAACAUGUUGACUCUGAAGGAAUACCAGAAAAAACUGGACACAUCAGGACUCAAACCCAGUAACGAUCUUUACAACGAGUAUAAGAACAUCGACUUGACUCAGAAGAAGAUGCUUUAUGAGGGCCCAUUAAUCUGGAAAGUUACCAAGGAGAAGGCUAUUGAGGUGCAGUGUGUGCUGCUCGGAGAUCUGUUGGUGCUCCUGCAGAGGCAGGAUGACAAGCUGGUCCUCAAAUGUCAGAGCAAGAGUAUCGCUGUGCAGGAGGUCAAGCAGAUGCUGAGCCCCAUUAUCAAACUGAACUCCGUUUUUCUUCGUGAUGUGGCAACAGAUCGAAAGGCUUUCUACGUGAUCUUCACCUGGGACAGCGGGGCUCAGAUUUACGAGCUGGUGGCACAGUCCUCUGGAGAAAUGAAAACGUGGAUGGAGGUGAUAAAGGUAGCAGUAGGUGAACUGAAGAAGAUUGCACCAAUGAGGCUGCCUGUACCUCCCGGAGGUGGAAUUGGAGGUCCUCCAGUGAGCCCCACCUCCGGCCCGUUGAGCCCCACUGAGAAUGGAGGUUUGAAGAGCAGCAAUGAUAAAGACAGCUUGAUGGAUGAGAAGGCAGAUCCCAGACAGAGGUUGAUAGAUUUCCUGGCAGAAAGGGACUUCGACGUGCUGGGGCUCUCCAACAGCGUGCAAGAGAAGGUGGCCAACAGCGCUUUGGAUGAAGCCAAGUCACUUAAAAGAUUGUUGAUCAGCAGCAUCAGUCUGUCAGAAGACUCUCAGCCCGAUGAAGAGGAGGAAGCAGAGAGGGCUAAUCAGGAGCUGGAAAGCUCUCAAUCAGCAGAUGGCAAGGCCACAGACCGAGGUUAUAUGGAAGUGACUUGUGAAAAACCAGGUGCGGCGACUAAAGACGAUGCAGAUGGGAGCAUCAGUGCACCCCUGGUGCUGUCCCAGGAGAGAAUGGAAGAAGUGCUCAGGAGGUUCGGCAGCCUGGAGGAACAUCUAAAGAGACUACAGACUGUUGAAGAGGAGCAUCACAAGCUGCUGGAGGCCCUUUCUAAGUUCACUCUAGAACGGGGGAACUUCUAGUGAGACGCCAUUUUGCCACCUGCUGGUCACCAGGUAUUUUGUGGCUCCGGUUUGGGCUAAGUGACUGUCAGAUGCUUUUCCUGGAAUUCCCAAAUCUCCCCCAGCACACACACACACACACACACACACACACGCAUCUUUCCUGGAUCAUGAUGUUAUUUUCUUCGUUUGCAGCCAAGCAGGAAGUUCGCUGCCUUGCAGAAUAGUUUUAACAGCUUUGUUGUGCAGCGAUGGAACGUGGAAGGUGUGUGUUUGUCUGCUUGGGUGCAUGCCUGAAAAAAGAGAUGCACAAAGAAGAGAAAAAAAGAUGGGUUUCCUACUUUUGCUGAGCGAUGCCAAAAAAUGAGGAAGCAAUGUUUUGCUGUGAGAAAGAUUUAGCCUAAAACCACGUAGUAGCUGCAACACACAUACACACACCAUAAACAUGCCUAGUUAAUGCCUUAAAGGUCUAAUGUAGCAUUAGAGAAUAUAUUAAUAAACAACUGCUGAUGUGUGUUCUAGUUUUUGCCAAAGUAAAACAAAAAUGCACUUUUUUCUGAUCAAAACAAGUGAAACCCACAGAGCUUAUUAGGUAAACAGCUUCAUUUUGAUCAGAUGGGCUUCCUAUUAGCAGCCCUCCAAACAAGCGCCUGCAGGAACGUGUGUGUAUGUGUGUUACAAUGUUUUUAAUUAAGAUGUUUGUGGAAGGUUCCUACUGUUAUCAGGUCUCAUUAAAAGCAUUUAUAAAUAAUGGCUCAAUAGGGGAUCAUCAUGUGGAUAAUGGAGACUGUUUUUGUAUGUGCGGCUUUUAUUUAUUCCCCUCGGGUGUUUUUAGAUCAGUGAGCUGCCCCGUCUGAUGGAUGCAGUUGCAGUUCUUGGCCAAAUAGAGAGAACAUUGCGCGGAAAAGAUGGAUAAAAAAGAUAAGAGAAGAAGAAAAGAGCCGGGGUGUGUUUAAAGGUAGAAGGGGAAGAGAUAAGUGGGAUUAGACAGCUGGAAGUUUGUGCUGAGAAAAGAAACACGUGCGCAUUUACAGUUGAGCAACUCCUGAUCUAAAAACGCUCCAGUCGGGGUUAUAAAUGCGUGUUAUAGGACUCUUAUAAGCGAUAAAAACAACUCUUUCCUGUUUGUAAUGUGUAUCAAAGCUGAGCUGCUGUUUUAUUUUACCGCAUAGAUGUAAGUGUGUCGUCUUUCAAGUACUGGCUAAAGCGAGGCUGCGCACACAGAACCAGAGACGGUCAAUUGUUGGUUUUCAACGCAAACAUCAGUUUAUGAAUGUACAGAAGCAUUAUGACCAAAUUCUAGCUUUCACUAAACCCAACCAGAUGGUGACUGCUCAGGUCACCAAGCGAACGCCUGAAGCUGUGCUGGACCUGCUCUGCUUAGAGGACUAGAGACCGAGAAAGGUUCAAGCUUCUGGGUCUAAAAUCAACAAGUGGGACCAGAAAAAAGGCAACUUUGAGACAGUUGAGCUGCAGUCGGUGUUUGAAAGGAAACUUUCAGGGUUUGGAGGAAGUGAUGCUCUUAUAGGCGCUGUAAUCAUGAUAUCUUGUUUUUUGCUGCAAAAACCGACUCUGGACCUAAAAGAACGAAAUAUUUACGCUGUUGACAAUUCUGUGCCACAAGAGACAGAAAAGUCCUUUAGUUUUGGGACUUUGCUGCCAUUCCCCCCGAUUGCUGCUCUUUUCUUUUUUUAAAUGUACAUAAAUGACCGUUUGAAGUAGAAAACAUUGACUUGCUCAUCUCUGAUUUGUUUUCCAGCUUCCAGAAAUGUUGACGUUUGACUUAAAUGGGUUGGGACGAAUAAAGUCACUUGGAAAGCUCUUGCUGUGAUGUAGUUUGCAUUUUCCUCUUUACUGUGUGUUUGUGUGUGUGUGUGUGUGUGUGUGUGAGAGAGAGAGAGAGAGAGAGUUGUCUGUUAUUGCACAAAUGAAUUAAGUAAUUAUGCAAAUGGUGUGACCAUGACCGACCCUUUUACGGUCUACAGACCCAUCUAACAGAAUCGUCUCCAUUAGGGGUUUUAGCUGAUGUUUACCUUUUGGCACAAACACGUCUCACUCUCUCUCUCUAAUGCUGUUUCUCAUGUAUUCUGUAUGAACUUGUAUAUAAUUAGUGUAUUUAUAGAGUGGUGCCUUCUUCUGAUUAUUAAACUGUUCACUUCAUAAAAGGGCUUGCGACUAAAUCCGUGGAUUUUGUGACUUUCUUGUUAAACCUCGUGCGGCAGAAGAGAAGUGAUUGGAAAAAGCGGUGAGAUAUCAUUCCAGGAGGCUAAGAAAAUGUUUUUGAGGGUUGAAUAAACUUUGCCUUUUGUUUCCAUCUCCAUCAUGUCAGCAUCGUGCGAGCGCAUUCACAGCCCUGUUUACCUGAUACACUGCUCCUUUUUACCUUUUUGUUUUUCUAUAAAAUAUAUGCAAGAACUAUAAUGUGUAUUUGGCAUAGAUUUUUGUUGUAUAAGAAGCUUUUAAAUGAUAUACCUAAGGAAAGUUGUGGUACUUUUGUUUAUUAAAUUCUUCAUUUUUUUUUUAAUAAAGUGGGGAAAUAAGCA